AUGGGAGGAAUGUGUGCUUGCUCAAAACUCAGACCAGCGCCGCCGAUCCGCCGCAUCUCCCGCCGCCGCUGGCCGGAGCUCCCCCAUCACGCUCUCCUCUCCCCGAGAUCUCUCCUCCCGUUCCCUAUCGCAGCGGCUGCCCUGAGCGCGGUGUUCCGUCAGUGGGGUCUCGGAUAUGCCGCGACGGCGACGACGACGCCGCCGGAGGACCCGUGCCUGAAGAAGGUCUGGUUUGGGUCCCUCGCGAGGAACGCGUCAAUCAACUGCAGCUGCGACGUCUUGUUCCUCCCGUGCCGCAUCACGCACCUGAACGUGACUGGCUACUGGAACCUGACAGACUUCCCCCCAGCGCUCUUCAACUUGACGGAGCUGGUAUCUCUGGAUUUGAGCAACAACAACUUAAGUGGCCAAAUACCUCCAGGAAUCGCCAAUCUCUCCAAACUGGAAACAUGGCACUUCAACAACAAUCAACUCAAUGGGUCUUUUCCUAAUGGAUCUUCAGGUUUGAGGAGUCUCCAGUCCCUAUGGAUGUUCGAUAAUUACAUUGAAGGGACGCUUCCAGAAUUUAUUGCGAACUUCACCAAUCUCACAGACUUGAGAAUAUAUGGGAUGAAACUUCAAGGACCUAUUCCAAAAAUUUUCUCUAAUUUGAUCAAUCUGGAAAAGCUGAUGCUUGGUGAUCUUGAUGGUCGGAAUUCUACUUUUGAUUUCAUAGGAAAUUGGACAAAUCUUACAACAUUAUCACUGAGAAAAUGUGGAAUCACUGGCGAACUUCCUAAUAGGCUCCCAAAUCUAUUGCCCAAUCUAACAUACCUGUGGUAUAAACUCUCCAGGGAUGUUUCGUAUAACCCCUUAGUUACUGGAAUCCUUCCUGACAAUCCUGCUGGUCAGAAGCAGUCAAUAAAUUACAUCGGAACUUCAAUUGAUGCAAGCAGAACAACAAACAGUGAAAACCUUACCCUCCUCAACUGUCUCCACAUGGAAGGAUGCAACAACACUUUUUAUAACAACCUUAUAACUUCCUGUGCUGUAAACUGUGGUGGCAAGCAAACGACUUAUCCAGAUUCAUUGUCAAACACGUUCUAUGAUGACACUAGUGACCUUGGAGCGUCAGGCUUUCAUGUUAAUAGUGACAGGCAAUGGGUGGUUAGUAACGUGGGCUCUGAUCCUCUUACUCUUAGUAACUCUCCUGGUAUAGUAAAUGCAAAUCAAGUUAAUCUAGGGACAGACUUGCCUGAGCUCUAUAGAACAGCAAGGACAUCAAGAAGCGAUUUAUGGUACUACGUGGUUGGUCUGUCUAAUGGAAAAUAUACAGUUCAGCUCUUCUUCGCAGAGAUAGUUAUUGAAAGAGAACUGAAUCGUGGGCCAGGAAGGCGUUCAUUUAACAUUGAUAUUCAGGAUCGGAAUAUCAAGACAGAUUUUGACAUUACUAAAGAAGCAGGGGGUUUCGGAAGACCCACAGACAUAACCCAUGAAGCAACUGUGGAUAAUUCAGUUCUAAAAAUACAUCUGUACUGGAAUGGACGAGGCACACGUGCUAUUCCAUAUGAAGGAGCUUAUGGGCCUCUGGUAUCAGCAAUAAGAGUUUUCCUCACUGAAAUCCCCCCAAACAACAGCCCCCCACCGGCGCGGCCAGAGGCAGCGCCACAUGAUAACAAGAGAAGAGGAGUGGUUGCGGGCAUUGCAGCCCUGUGUAUAGCUGCGGCAGUGAUAUCUUCGUCCGUCGUUUACCUCUGGUGGAAAUGGGUGUCACUCGUGAAGCAUCCAAAUGCAUGAGGAGUUCAGAUGUGUAUACCAUGUGAAUGAGCCUCUGUGCACUGUAUCAUACCUUCGUUGAGCUGUGGUGGGGGACAAUGGACGCCUGUACAGGAACACGUAGCGGAGUACUGUGAAGAGGAGAACAGCAUCGAUGUACAGUUCGGUUUACGCCAGGAUAUUAGGUCUGCAGCUUCGUUUUGUUUUGCGAUUCGUCGAUUGUAACUUCUAAGAACCACUGAUGUCAUCUCACGUUUUGUUUUUGGCAUGUUGUAUUGUAUUUAUUUAUUUGUUCUUUCGAACUUAUUCUCCAUGUAUCGCUGAUGGCUAUUUAACAUCUUUGGGGUUUCUCCGGAAUGCUGAUUUUCCUGUAGUGUAGUUUAUGCAGGAUUGAA